UUAUAUUAGUGCAGAACACUGUACCUUUAAUUUAAAUGCCCUUGGAGUCUGCUGGGGAAGAGAAAUAAUACUGUCAGUCAGUAUGACAUGCAGAUGAGUGCCGUCGAUCUUAGAAUCACCGCACACAUCACUCAUUUGGGCAGUCACGGGGCCUGGCAGCAGCAAUGGGAGGCCCAGUGUGGCGAUGAAGUAGUCAGCAGCAAUGGGAGGCCGUACAGGGACCCAUGACACACUCUGGACCUGGCAGCAGCAAAAGGAGGCGGUACAGGGGCCCAUGGCAGAGUGGCGAAGCGUAAGCAGCUUAAAUUGAAGGCCAUACAGAGUCCUAU